CAUGCAUUAGCAUUUCUCGUUCUCACCCAUUUCCCCCAUUUAAAACCAUUGCCGUACACCCCAUCACCACCUCUCUCUCUCUCAUAACAACAACAUAAACAACAACUAUGGUUGUUCUGUCUCAGCCAGCAUUAAACCGUUUCUUCCUCCCCAAACCAUGCAAGCCAUCCACGACCUUGUUCACAGGGGUUCCAGUGGUUGACCUCUCCGACCCAGAUGCCAAGACCCUCAUAGUCAAGGCUUGCAAGGAGUUCGGUUUCUUCAAGCUUAUAAACCACGGUGUUCCAUUCGAGUUCAUGACCAAUUUGGAAAAGCAAGCCCUUUCCUUCUUCGAAAAACCUCAACCCGAAAAAGACAGAGCAGGUCCCCCUGACCCUUUUGGCUAUGGUAGCAAAAGGAUUGGCCCAAACGGCGAUGUGGGUUGGGUCGAGUAUCUCCUUCUUAACACCAACCCUGAUGUCAUAUCCCCCAAGUCUCUUUUCAUUUUCCGAGAAAACCCCGAAAACUUCAGGGUUGCUGUGGAAGAGUAUAUUAAGGCAGUGAAGAACAUGUGCUACGUGGUGUUGGAAUUAAUGGCCGAGGGAUUGGGAAUAGCGCAGAGGAAUGUGCUGAGUAGGUUGGUGAAAGAUGAGAGAAGUGAUUCAUGCUUUAGACUUAACCAUUACCCUCCAUGCCCAGAGACUCAAACGUUCAAUGGACAAAAUUUGGUUGGGUUUGGGGAGCACACAGACCCACAGAUAAUUUCUGUCCUAAGAUCUAACAGCACAUCAGGCCUGCAAAUCUGCCUCACAGAUGGCACUUGGGUUUCAGUCCCACCUGAUCACACUUCCUUUUUCAUCAAUGUUGGUGACACACUACAGGUAAUGACUAAUGGGAGGUUUAAAAGUGUAAAGCACAGGGUUUUGGCUGACACAAGCAAGUCAAGGUUGUCAAUGAUAUACUUUGGAGGACCACCCUUAAGUGAAAAGAUAGCACCUUUACCUUCACUAAUGUUAAAAGAAGAGGAGAGUUUGUACAAAGAGUUCACAUGGUGGGAGUACAAGAAGGCUGCGUACAAUUCAAGGCUGGCUGAUAAUAGGCUUGGCCCUUUUGAGAAAUAUGCUGGCUAAUGUGCCCAAGAAGAGCGUGUCAAAAUUCUACUGCAUUUUGGCAAAUGUUAUUAGGGCCCUUUUUGUGUGUGUGUGUGUGUGUACUCUCUAGGUUUCAAACAGUUGACUCGACAUAUAUAGAAAAUGAAUAGGUUGUUUAUCAUGUUCUUCUUUCUUUUAUCUUUCUUCUUUUUCUAGUUUGAUUGAAAUGUAACAGUCACUGCU